AAUAGGAUCCAAACUCUGUUCUUACCCUGCUUGCACCCUGUUCUUCCAGAGGCAUGGAAAUCCCCUCCGUCAGUCUCAAGGUGAUUAUUCUAGUGCACUGGCUUCUGUCCAUCUGGGGCACCACGGCUUGGCUUACCUUGUCCUAUGCAUGGGCCAACUUCAGCAUGCUGGCCCUGGGUGUGUGGGCAGUCGCUCAGAGGGAUUCCACUGAUGCUGCACUAAUGUUCCUGUUGGGGAUGAUCAUCACGAUGCUGACCGACGCCGUGCACUUUGGCCUGUACUACACUCCACCAGGAUCCCUGCCUUUGAAGGCUGUGGACACGUACCGCUUCAGCAUGGCCACGGCUAUCUCCAGCCUUCUGCUCAAACCCUUCUCCUGCUUCUUCAUCUACCGGGAGUACCGAGUGAGGGGUGGCGAGUACAGCAUCGGGAUCAGCAGUGCAUCUCCCAACCGUGAGUCCUACCAGUCCAUCGACCCACAGACCCACCCAAGCGCUACUGCUGGGCCUUGAAGAUGGGAGAUCAGACAUGGGAUGGGGGUGUCAUCAUGUUCCAGGCUUCGGGACUGCGUGUGUGAACCUCAACAUGUUUGGAUUUUUCUCAACAUGUUUAUUUAUAACAGCAAGCUGAAAUAUCUCUGGCUCAACACACUCACGUUUGAGUCAUGGAUUGAAAUAUACAUACAUUGACAUACACUGUAUAAUUGUCUUUUUUACCUUUAUCUGACUUUUGUGUCCAGAAGAAAAUUGAAACCUACCUGCAUAGCAGUUUUUGAAAAUCUGUUGUACUUAAGAUUUUAGGAAGUGUGAAACCUGAGACCUGCUGAAUGAGGAAAUAUGCCAAAAAGGCAUAAACCAUGACUAGAUAUAUACAAAACUUCCUCUAUUAAGCAAGUGUAAAGUCCUUCCAUUUUUUUAAACUUUUUCUCAUCCUUGCGUUAAAAAGGCAGCGUAUGUGACCAGUUGUACUAUUUACCACCAUUAUAGGGUGUUAAGGCAUGCAGUGGUUCAGUAUGUGGACUUUUCAUGUUUUACCUAAUCAACUUCAUUGUUUUUUUGAAGAUAUACGCUUAUUCUGAAACUGAUGCCUGCAACACAUUCCAAAAAAGCUGGGACAGUCGAGGGUUUACCACAAUGUAACACCACCAUGUGUUUUAAUAACACUGAAGUGCUUGAGCACUGAAGA